CUGAUAGCCUUCCACAGCCGCCGCGCGCGCAACUACCAUCCUAUCUCCAUUACAAAUUUUCCUCCACUAUUUUUGAAUAAAGUGACAUAUUUAAAGUGCGAACGAACUGUGUCAGUGGUUGUGUCCGACUUUCUUAGUGAGUGUUAAUAAGAAAUUUUUUCUCAUUAUUUGACACACAUAUGACGUGUAACGGUGCGGAGAUCUGACGAUCCAUCGACUCGCUAAAUCUGUGUGUUUGUGUAUCUCGGAACAGUGUGCCGGAAUUUUAACGGACUUGCCUAAGCGGAGAUUCUUUUAAACGACUGGGUAUACUGAUAUCAUCAUACUGUAAAGAUCACGUAGACCGGAACCAUAGCACAGACAACGCAUUAACAGUCAACUUACAACAAGUGCUACUUUCUACAGACGUGCGCAAAACAAGAGAAAUGUCGCGGUGGAAGGGCAAAGUAAGGUAGCCGGCAGAUGGCAGCAGUUAGCGCGGCGAUGUUUCGGCCCGGGGGCGCGCUAGACCCCCCAUGUUACGGUCAAAGGAUAUAUGAAGCACCCGAAAAUACACGUCCGAAAAAAUGGUCAUCGAAACUUAAAUUAAACACUUCAGGAAGUUCGAAGUCUUCAGAAAAAUCUCCCGAAAGCCCAUACAUGUAUGGUACUAUUAGCGGGCAAGGUGGAUCGGCAUUAUCCAAAUCAAUGAAGUAUGCAGAAACUUGGCUUUAUGGGUCAGUAAGGACCCAAACUCCACCAAUUAGACCUAGCGUUUUCUCAGCCUAUUCCGAUGUCUCUGGACCUGUUUUGAUUAGCACACCUCAAAAACCAACUCCACAUAACUAUGCUGUUAUAUUAUGUUCCUGUCCUGAAUACCUUAAUGGUACGAAGAAAACCAGCUCAACCAAAGUCAGUAUUUGUAAGAAAUGCAAAGGAUCUCGUUUACCACUAACUAUAGCUGAAAGUCCUCGCUUACUAGUAGGUGGAACUGUAAGAGGUCCUCAAGUCAGUCGUGACGCUGGUUUAUUAAGAGCUGGUACUGUUCGAGUUCAAAGUAAUAAAUCCAGGCCUAGUAUUUUAAAAGCUAACGGUGAUACUGACCCUUAUGAUUUAAUGCGAAGGAGUAGGUUAGCUCCUCCCCAUGAAACACGUAUUGGUAGUCAGUUUUCAACUACAAGAUCUCGUGCAAAAAGUAUAAGUCCAUGUCGAAUAAAAACUAAACAACCAAGUCCAGAAACUCUAAACAAAAGCAGGAGUAAAUCUGUUAGUCGAGUCAAUGAAUUAUGGAUUGAUGAAGAAACAAAUACAGGUGAUAAAAAGAAAUCUAUACUUUCAUGUGACAUAAACCCUUAUGAUUUAGUAAAAGUUGGAAGCACCUCUAAGUCUAUGGUUGAAAUAGAAUUUGAUGAUUAUGGAGAUGUUUUUCAAGAAACAAAAAAUGGAGGGCGUUCUACGAAUAAAUCAAAAUCUGAUACAAAUGUUAAAGCUAUAAGCGGACAAAGAAUUAGAGUUUCGAAUGAAUCGAAAAAUUCUAGUAUGGAUGAAGUAUCAGUUUAUGAUCCUGUUAAUUAUGAUCUCAAAAACUAUGACUUUAAAUCAAAUGAUAUGUCUACAGCGUUAUCUUUACCAAACAUUAAAAAUGAAAAUAAUAAAUUAUCAUCGUUAGGUAAAAAUAGCAGUAAAAAAACUGUAGGUGCAUCCACCACAACUCGUACAAAACAAAAAAGUGUUUCGCCAAAAAGACCACCAAGAAGAGUAAGAAAUCCAAAAACAGAUGACGACAGUGAAAGUGAUAACCAGCGUAUACCCGAAAGGAUUUUCAAUAAAAAAAAUAUUGAGAAUCCCCGUAAUACUAAAUACAAAAACAGUAAUACAGAUGCAAUAAAAUCUAUCCUUAAAAAACCAAGAAGCUACGAAUUUAACGAUUCAAAUACGAAGAAUGACACUUCAGAUGAUUCGUUUGAAAGUAAACGAGUUAAUUCAUCGCAAUUUUAUAUUCCUAAGCCUAAAGACAAGGGUUUGAUAUCACCUCAAAAUAAUAAUCAAAGAAAGAGGGUUCAGUUUUUAGUUGAAAGUGAGGAAACCAAAGUAAUUUAUACAGCUGAUUUAAAUUUACACGAUAACGUCAUUUCAAAAGAGGUUAAGUCGAAUGUAAUCAUUGAAGUUGAAACUGAAGAAGACGUUGUGGCUGAAGGUGAUAUUGUAAGCCAAAGCUUAGAAACAGAUGAACCGACAGCAAUUUGUUCAAGUGAAAACACAGAAAUCCAAAAUGAACCUAGUAUAUACGAGGACAUGCAAAUAAAUGUACAACAGACUGAGCAAAAUACGGCUGACAACUUGCAAACAGAUUUAGAAAAAGAAAGCAAAAUUGAAAAUGAAAAAUCGAUAAUAAACAACGAAGAUAACAAUAUUCCACGGAUUCCUGUUUUACGACGUUCUGAAUCGGAAAGACUGGCGUCAACUAUAUUAAUUUCUCCUCCAAAGUUUUUGGAUACAAUGGCUUUAAGAACAAAAACAAAACAUGGUCAUACCAGUCAAGUUUUUCUUGAAUUCGUUAAUGAAAUUGAGACAUCGGUCCAGCAACAAAAAAUUCAAGAAGAAAAAGUUGAACCUAAUGUUAUCACCCAAGACUUUACGCAGCAGAAUGAUAUUGAUACAGGUAAUUUGAGUGAUAACAGUGAAAUAACAAGCAAAGUUUUGAAAAACUUACGUCGUGGGAUAUCUGGGUCACCAGAACCUCCACCUAGAUUGAAAUCAAAAUCUAAAAAACAUAAUUACGUCAAAACUAGAUUUAUUCGUACUAGCUCUUCAAGUUCUACGAGCGAUGAAUGGUCCGAUUCAAAUGAAAAUGAACAAAAAACUGUUUUGAGGGUAAAACAAUUUGAUUCUGAUGACGCUGAUGAUCGAAAAGAUCUAAAAGAUACGUAUAAAGUUACAGAACUCGAACCAAGGAAAACAUCUAUUCAAAUAAAUGGCAACGAAUGUUAUUCUACUAUGAAUGUUAGUAGUGAUGUACCAAUAUAUCUAUCUUCAGUCGUAGUGAACGAUGAUUAUGGCAAUUCCUGCAAUACAUACCAAACUGGAACAACGGUCACAAUAAGUGUUGGUACGCCACAAAACGAAGUACGCAAGUCUAAAAGUCAAAUAUACAUAGGUGCGGUUUUUUCUGGAGACAGUUACAAAAAAGAAGAUUCUAAUACAUACGAAGAUUAUUAUACUGAUGACCGUUAUACAAAUUCAUAUAAUAACAAUGACAUUUCUUCUAUUUUGAAUGAUCCUGUUGAAGCUGUAAGAAGAAAUCUUAUACCUCAUGUAUGUGGAAAAAAAGAUAAUAGUAUUGAUAACACAUCAGAUGGUAUCAAGCAAUCAGAAAGUGGUAAUAUAAUCACAAAACUUUUUGAUGAUCCUUUCUUUGCUCAUUUAGCAGAAGGCCUAGAUUCUGAUUUAGUAAAAAAGUUAAUAGAAAAUUCAUUAAUAAAACUCCAGGAAACUAAGCAUCAAGAAGAGCCAGAAAGUAGUAAGGCAACAAUUGAAAAACUUAUUGAAAGUUCUCUCAUUAACUUAAAAGAAGAAGUAGAAAAAGUCAAUAGUAGAAUUGAAUCUAACGCUAAUAAUUCAAAACCAAUGCAUCCUGUUGAAGAAAAGAAAGAAACAGGAACUCACACAUCGGACUGCUUAGAAGAACGUGAUGAUAAAGGCUGCUCUGCUCCCUAUGAAAGUAUGGAGUAUGAAAGCGGUACGAUGGGAGUUUUUUCAGACCUUGAACCAAUGUCAGAUUGCUAUAACGCGUCAGCAAGUGAAUUGUCAACUGAAGACGAUACAAAUUCUACAAGAUCAAAAUUCUAUCAAAUGCUGGUAGAUGCUGCAAUAUGUGAUAUUGAAAUUGCCAAUAAUACCGAUGAUGAUCAUCACUAUGAAUCAAUUCGGUUAAACAGUGAUCCAAUAUAUGAAGAGAUAGGAGAUAUGCCACCACCUUUACCGAUAAAUCCUCCUCCAAAUUCUUUAUCAUUACUAGACGAUGAAAAAAGAAGUGGUUCACGUUCUAUUUUUGAGGGUGCCUCAAAAUACGACAUCUUGUCGUACUUAGUAGAUGCUAAAGAAAGAGGUAUUGACGAUGAAGAAACAUACAUAACCAAUUAUGGCAAUGAAAAUGAGUCAUCUUCAUUACUAAAUGAAUCUAAAGCAAAAACAGAAAAUAUUAAGACUCAUCAUAGCAGUAAUACUAGUCAAUUGUCACAUGCAUCUGACUCCAGCGAAGACAAUUCCUUAAUAAUAAAUCAAGAAACUGUUGAAAAGGCUAUUGUCUGUAAGAAGCCUUCUGCUGAAAUUGAAAGAAAUGACUCAGGAGUGGGUUCAGAAACAAGUAAAUCAUCGCGAAGUAGAUUACAAGGAAAGAUUACGCCUGGCAAUACCAUAAAUGAUAAAAAUACACCGAUACAUUUAUGCGAAGAUUGCGAUACUGCUGUGGAUACUCAAAUUACCGAGCAAGGUACUAUUUAUGCUCCAUUAGUUUGUCGAAAAUGUUCCAAGAAAAGAACUGAAAGAAAAGAAAUUAUUACUGAAAUUGUUGAAACUGAAGAAAAAUACGGACGUGACUUACAAAUUAUUCUUGAAGAAUUUUAUAAACCAAUGUUAGUGGCUGGUCUACUUACACAAGAACAAUUGAGUGCUAUAUUUUUAAAUGUCGAAGAAUUGAUUGAAAACAAUCAAGUAUUGUCAGAAAAAUUGAGAGAUGCACUUGAAAUUGCUGUGGAACAAGGAGAUGAGGACUUACUGACGGUUAACGUUGGAAAGAUUCUCUUGGAGUGUUCAGGCAUGCUGACAGCUUUUCAGUCGUACUGUGUAAAACAAGCAGGUGCCGCAUUACUUCUAGCUGGUCUUGAGAAGGAGAAGGAACUCUUAAGGAUAUUCUUACGCGUCUCGCAAAUGGAAAAUGCGGUCCUGAGAAGAAUGAAUCUUAACUCUUUCCUCAUGGUUCCGGUUCAACGCGUGACAAAAUAUCCGCUCCUUCUCUCCCGACUCUAUCGUGCAACACCCACUUGUGCCUCAGAAAGAGAGGACGUGAAAGGUGCUCAACGUUGCGUAGAAUGCAGGCUUGAAGAAAUCAAUGCAGCGGCCGCCGCAGCAGCAGCUGCUGCUAGGGAUGUACCUCUCUGGCGAAGACUUGCAGCUGCAAGACGAACAGCCCAUGAUCUACACGUCGCAGAUAUACGAUUACGGAAAAUGGCUGUUGAUGUACUGGAUUGGAAUCACGAUGAUGCUAGGUUUGCAAUGGAGGGCAGGUUGCUGUUUACACAACCCAACGAUAACAACUGGCGAAAGGGUCGCACAAUCAAGUUGAUGCCGAUCAAUGCCCUUUUGGUAACUAAUGGAAAGCCAACGAUCGCACAUAAAACGAACGAAAUACGGGAAACGAGAGAAGCAAGAGAUCGAGAGGCGAGGGAACGAGAGGGCGAUGCUCUCUUUGCACGCAGCGGAGUGAGAGAGGCUGCUCUUCUCCUUGUUAGAGAAAAAGCAGGAAGAUACACGUUGCAGAGAGAGCCUCUUUUCUUAGACCGCUGCGUGGUCGCCGCUGAUCAUGAACCGGAACACUUUUUCGAGGUCCACGAGAUAACGACAAAGGAUUCUUUUAUUUUUAAGGCAGAAGAAAGCACGCGCACCCGCACGUGGUAUCGCCAACUGCAGUAUCACGCGCAAGGCGCUGGCGCGUGGCGAAAGCGUCGAAACGCACUAGCGAACAUUAUGAUAAACCCGAUGCUUACUAGAAACUAGGCUAAGGCCGGUACCAUACAUUCGCGAAAAAAAUCGUGCAUACUACUAUUAUUUAAUAAACAUGCGAAGGAAAUGAUAAGAAUUAUGCUUGGAUUUUAUGUUCUAUCGUAGGUGACUUAGCGAAUCUACGCCAAACAUCGUCGAAUGUCUGGGAUCGGAGUAAUACUAACAAUAACGGUACUUAAACCCGCCUCGAAACACUAAAUUGCAUUUGAUUCGUUUAUAUUAAAAUUAGAAAUGUCAUAUUUUUUCCCGAUCGUAUAUAUAUCAGAAAUUUAAUUAUUUUUGCGGUCUUAAAUUUUGUUGAAAAUUAUGUUUUCAUAUUAUGUAUAUGUUUUCCAGAAUCUAUGUAUACAUCUAUACAGCGACCUGUCAUAAAAAGUGCCACAGAUAAUAACAUAACCACAUAUUGAUUUAAUCAAUUUUAUUUUUCGAAUAACGUUUACAUUUUUUAAUUAAAUAGCUUAAAAGUAGAUUUGGUUGGUUUAUGUAAAAAAAAAAUUAGUUGUAUCGUCUACAAUAAUUGUUUCAUGUUUUUUUUCUUUUGGUUUUAGUGUAAAUAAAGCAAUGCCACUAGCUUAGACUUAGCUUAUACCAAAACAUAGUUAUUUCGAUAAAACAUUCGCUGCCUUUAAUUUUAAUACUAGACCUUAAAAAUUCUAAACGUAAAAAAAAAAAAAACUAAAAAUCAUUUUAUUUGUAAAUAGUUAACUUUAAUAGCUGUGAUAUCCCGACAUUUAUCGAAAAAAAAACAAUGUAUUUUUUUUUGAACUCUAAUUAUUUUAAAGGUUAACUGUUGAAAAAUAAUAAUAUCAAGAUAAAUUUCCUGACUAGUCUUAAGGAAAAUCAUGUAGCAAUUAAUUGGAUUAUAAGUAAAUAUAUAAAUUUAUAUUUAUUGUAUGUAUUUUAAUGUAAUUAUCUUAAAAUAUUCUAUGUAAAUGUAGAUUAGAUCGUUUUCGCCUUUAAAAGUUAUUUUAUUUGUUAAUUAUUAGAAAAGACGUGGAAAUAAAUUAAUUAAUAAAAUAAUAA